AUGGACAGAUCCGUACAGCUUAAACAGAUCCGAACUGCAAAGACUGACUCCUCUUUCUUCGCACCUUUGUUCACGCUCGAUCUUGCCGGUCUUCCGAAAAGCGGUGUUCCGCCUCUCACUGGCAUGGCACAAUCGGGGUUUGGCCUGGGACCAGGGCCGUCGCGAUCUGGUCAGUACUAUGACGAUGCACUCAGUCAUGGCCGUCACAGCUAUGAUGAGCUAGCUUCGGCAGGCAUGCCUUCGGGAGGCUCGGGUAGACCGACAGCAGGCUACAUCGAUGGCUCGCCGCUGCUGGCAGCCUCUUCGUCGUCGUACGAUCACACAGGUGCUCUGCGCAACAACACCCACACCCAGUCGUCGCUCAACUUGCACACCUCGAGCCUGCAUGAUUCGCUAUCGCCGAAUCACUAUAACAGCUUCCUGCCGCACGAGCAUGCAGGAUACGCUCAGCACGAACAGCCGAGCCCUUACAUGGGCAAGUCGUCUCUGCACGACAAUCACCACGCUCAUCCGUAUCCUCACCACCAUCAGCAUCAUCCGCACCAUCCUCUUCAUGGCCGACACAUCUCGGAGCCUCACAUGUCCAUGCCGAUGCCCGGCGAGCCGCAUGGCGCGCACAGUGCGGGAAUGCACCUUGGCUUUGCAGCGCACGGCGCGCAUGGGCACCCGUCUCAGCACGCCCAUCAUGCGUAUGGCUCGCUCGAUGCCGAGCGGAAGCCUUUGGCUCACGCGCCGGCCCCCGAACCGCACACACCGCGACCGCCGAAUGCGUGGAUCCUGUAUCGGUCGCAGAAGUUCCGCGAGCUGCAGAAGAAGCGCGAUGCGCAUUCGCAGGCUGGCUCGUCAGAAAAGCCAAAGUCGCAGGCCGAGAUCUCGCGCAUCAUCUCGCGCAUGUGGCAGAACGAAACCGACUCGGUCAAGCAGAGGUUCGAGGCGCUCGCCGACGAGAAGAAGCUGGCGCAUCAGAGGAUGUAUCCCACCUACCGCUAUCGGCCCAAGAAGAAGGCCAAGACCACCAAGGCGAACGCAGCCGGAUCUAGCCAGCAGCAGCAAGGCAACGACAAGGCAGCAUCCGAGAGCGGCGAUAUCAAGAAGGAGCCGGGCUCUUCGUCGUUGUCUGCAUAUCAAGGUCGUUCGGGCUCGGACAAGAAGGCGGGCUCCAACUUCUCCCACUCCCCUGACCCACUCGACACGAGGCGAAGCUCGGCUGACUGGAAGCGUUCGAUGGCGUAUGCGGGCGAAUCGGGCAUGCACCAAGCUCCAGAAGGCGGCGAGAUAGGGCCGCGCAGGGGCACGUAUGGCUCGGGCAAGGAGCGCGGAGACCUCCAAGCGAACAUGCAUUACGGGCGAUCGGUCAGCGGAGCUGCUUCUGGAUCCGAGGGUACAUCGAUGCCGUCGUACAUGGGCGCACGCAUGCAUCCGUACGGCGAUCGACUCGGUCUGAUGCGCCACGAAGGCUCUCGAUCGUCCGACGUAUUCGGCGAGAACCAGGCCUCUUCGGCCACGUACGCCGGCAGCCCCUGGCCCGACUCGGAGUGUGUAGGCGGCUCGUCCACCAGCAGCUAUCUGGAUGGACUUCGAGGUGGAGCGGGCACUUAUGCUGGGAUGGCCGGACAGCGGGUUGGGACGUCUUCGUCUUUGGUAGCACCGUCUGCAGGUGGCAGUGCGUCCUUGAUGUCGCUGUCGCCGAUCCAGCGGCCCUCGAUUCCUUCGCAGCACCUGUCGCACGCCAUGGACGGCCUCAACAGCGAUCUCAGCCUGGCAGGCCUCACUGGCCCCAGUGGCGGGGCAGGCUACAGCGGGGCCGACUCGGGCUUCCGAGCAUCUCCCCUGGUCAACGACACGGCUCGCUUUGGCCCAACGUUUGGCGAUGCCAGAACCGAGGUCCCCAGCGGCCUGCCUGCGCCCGGAGCGAACGCGCGCAACCUUCAAGAAUCACUGGACCCUCACUCGCGCCUGCAAAACGAUUGA